UCUAUAGGUUACAGAUGGCGCCAGUGCCUUUGUUUUGCGAAUUGCGCGAUCGAAUCUUCUAAUUUUCCGCACGUAAAUACGUUUUAUCGUUAUUUACGCUUGAAGUAUUUGUGUUUACCGUAUAGCAGGCAGUACGAAAUACAAAUUUUUCGGAUUCAAUGCGAAAUUCCACUGGAAUACUCGCGAAACAUGACGACUACCGUAACGGACGUACAGCAACCCGGCAGUUACCCCAAGCAUCAGCAGAAAUUGGAGUUGACACCGGAGGAGAUAGUUGCCUUUAAGGAAUGUCUGAAGCAGAGGGGCUCGAGUACUAUCGUGUCGACGCUCUUCGGCGCAGCUGCGGGAUACGGAAUAGCUAGCAUAACCCCGUUUCGCGCGCAUGCCAAAUAUUUUGCACUAGUCAGUGGCGUGAUAAGCAUGUUUGGGAGUAGAUUGAACCUCGCCCAGGGGUGCCUGGCAAAGGUCGCUUCCAUGCCGAAUAGUACUCUACGAGACCGAUUGGCAGAGGCGGGUCUUUAUGGCGAUAGGACUGCAUACAGAGAGAGACUUCAGUAUCAAGGAUUACAGCCGGAAGUUCAAAGCCCAGCAGAAUCGUCUACAGGAAUGGUGUUCGACGAUUACCCACCCAUGAACACGUACGAUACGUAUUCCAGUAUUAACGACGACAGCGACUUCCAUAUCUCUGAGGACACGGAUUUGACCGAACCGAUAAAUCUGCAAAAGGGCGUCAGUUACGACGAGCUGAGGCAACAAAAUAGAGAUGAUUUCUAUAAGAGAAAUAAGCAGUGGUAUAGUCCCAGGACAAGAGAACCUCCGACAGCCAGAGAGACCGAACAAGUUCCCGUAACUAGGAGCCAAUCACCGACGCAGGAGAAAACUAAAUACGGUGAUGUGUGGGACUGAAAUUUAGUUGUUGAAACUUAAUCGCCGCGUAUAUCGCGGAUGUUACAGGUGUAUAUAUGUAGAGAUUGCGAUUAUGAUAAAAAAAAAAGUUUGAACUUUGCUAAAUAUAUACGAAUAAAAUAAAUAAUACAUAAAUCAUA